AAUGCCUUCCUCAAUUUGUUGCACAAACUGCAGAACUAAAUAUUCAUUAUUAAACAGAGAAGCCGGCUGCUCGAAUUGUGCUCUCUCCUUCUGUAAGAAAUGUCUGCCUCAUCGUGCAAUUAUUCCCACACUUUCGGAUUUACCAAUGAUUGUCUGUAACAAUUGCUAUCAAAAAUUGGAAUCUGCCAAAAUGAAGCCCAGCGCGACUAUAACAUCAACGCCUCUACCAGAUAAUUCGAAUAAAUCGAAUAAAAAUUGGUGGGGUGAUGGACUUCCACCGCCAUCAUUCAGGAAUUCGCACACAAAUCAAAAUCAGAUUAAAAAUAGUGAAGUCAAAGCAACUAAAUUCAGGAAUUCGCCAGAAAUUCCAUCGCAGCAGACCAAGCCAAAUUAUCCGACCAAUGACCUGGAACAGCGAAGACUUAAACUGCGAGAAGAUAUUUCACCACAAAUUGAACCACUCAGUAUAUCAGAAAUUGAAGAACGAUUAGCAAAACUUCGAGAAUGUGAUGUAGAAGUGAUACGUAAUCCUCAAAGUUGGCUAAAGUCUUCUUCCAAGGAACCUGCGAUGAACGCCAAUAAUCCAUCUGAAUUAAUGCGAGUAGCUGAAGAUCGUGCAAGAAUUGAAAAAAAAGAAGAGGAAAUGGAACAUAAAGACUGGGAUGAGCUUGAAGCAAGACGUAGGAAAAUAUUUGAAGAUGAAAAAGAAAAAAAUAGAGAAGAUGAUGCUUCAAUACGAGAAUCAAUGGUUUCUGCAAACACAGAGUUUAGUGAAGCAACGAAAGAAGAAAUGAAUGAGAUUAAUAAUAUUCUUCAAGACGCAGAACAACGUGUAGCUGAAACCAAGAAGCAAGAAGAACAUGAUGCCGCUGAACUCAGAACUCUCAUGAAAUCUACUCGUCAGAAGUCUCUUGACGCUAUUCAAUGGAAUGAUAAGAUCACGAAAGAAAUUGGUGGAUUUUGGGAUCGAAGAAACGAAAAAUUAUCUGUAGAUGAAGAUGAAGAUGAAGACGAGAAGUCCUUAGACGAAGAGACUUUCAAAAAGAUUCUUCACGAAGCCGAAAAUUCAGAAGAUCUGCCUCCUCAAACUUCGGAAUCAAACAAGGCGUCAACACCGAGCAACUCGAGCUCACCGAAGAAAAAGGGAUUAUUUGAAAAGUUGUUCAGAAAAGAUUCAAAACAAUAGUAAAUAUUAUUUAUCUUUUUUCUAUGUAUGUUAAAUUACGAGCUUCUUGUAAAUAAAUGUAUUUAUUGUUC